AGCCGACCCCGGGCCCCGGGAAUCACGACCAGGUUUCCAUGAACAAUCUAACCAUGGCUGUUCAGACUGACCUCGCCUUCAUCGAGAGCAUCAUGUGUGCAAUCACGUUCAUGGACCAGGCCAAAGACAUGAGAAGAAGAAGAAGACAGAGAGCAAGCAGAGGAGGUAGAUGAGGCUGAUGUUGAAAGGCAUGGCUGACGAGAUUGUCAAUACUGCUGGCUCCCGGAGCUUCAUGCCCAAAAGAGGUUUGGGAGGAAGCCAAAAGCGGAAACAGGGCGCCCUGCAGCGUUUGCAGGAGGCUAUCGGAGAGCUCUCCAAAGAGCAGCGGCUCAGAGCUUUGGAGGCCAUUCCGGAGCGCGUGAAGACCGCCCUCCUGAGCCACAUGGAGCGUGGCGUGCGCGCGUGCAAGCGAGCUCCUGGCUCGGGCCGGCCCCGCGCGGCCGCCGUGCACCGCAAGAAGGGCGGAUGGAUCGCCGCCCUCACGCUGGUGCCUCACUUGAAGGCUUCAACCCGGUGUGUCAAGACCCAGAAGCAGGCAGUGGCCAUGCUCGGAGUCUUGAAGAGGGCCCAAGCCCUGGCAUGGCGCAUGGUGACGGACGAGUGUCACGAGCGCGAGAGCCAGGGCAUUGUUUGGGCGUUGGAGGAGGCCUGCAGAGAGCUUCCGAAUUCCGUGGAGGAGCUGUCUCUGUCCUUCUGCGCGUCCGUGCAGACAGCCUGGGGCCGCGCGGCUGGCAGCUUCAGCACCAGCCUGGACGAGGCCUUGGCGCAGCGCGCGCUGCUGCUGCGGAGCCGGCGCGCCGCGCAGGGCGCGCAGGGCGCGCGGGCGUCUGAAGCCGCAUGCCCGGAGAGCGGCGCGGACGGCCGCGGCCUGGAGGCCUUCCGUGGGGCCUGGCUGCAGGUGCUGCAGGCGCCGGUGAGGCCGCGCGCGGGCGUCUUCGGCCGGGCGCGGCCGCGGCCCAAGGCGCUGGCCGAGGCGCAGCUGGUUUUGGAGCGCGAGGUGCGGCGCCAGGCGGAGCGCCGGGAGCUCUCCCUGCGGGGCCGCCUGCAGCGCGCCGUGCGCCUGGUGAGCGACUGCCUGCGGGAGGAGGAGCUGCGAGCCGCGCGGCGCAAGCGGCAGGCCACGAAGGACUACGAGGCGCAGCUCCAGGAGGGGCGCCGCAAGGCUCGCCAAGCGCUCCGAGAGCGAAAGGCAGAGCGCCAGACGCGCUGGCGUUGGCUCAAGGACCCUGCCAGAACCAUGGAAGAGCUACUGAACUUCCGCAAUGCUGUGCUGUAGGUUUCAGUGGACUGACAGAGGCAAAGCUCGGUUCAGCAGACUGGCUGCAACCGAGUAGAGCAGCCACCCGACCUCAGCGCGGAAGUCCAAUGGGCUGCCCACAUGCAGGACUCCAGAGAUGCCCAAUUUUGAGGACAGCUAUUGCCCAA